AUGGCAGACAUGUCUUCCUCGUCCAACGCCCCGAACCUUGAACCACCAAGUCCGGUUCCUCCCCGGACAAGUUCUACAAAUGCCACCAGCUUAGGCCACCGACCCCGAAAGUCAGUCGCUGAUGCCGACCCCGCUGCCAGCAGUUCGCCGAUCAAAGCUAAACAUCGCCGGAACAGGUCCAGCGUCGACGGAACAAAGUACAAAGAUGGUACCUGGUCGCCCAAGAACGAGAAGAUCAUUCUAGGCCCUUACGACUACCUGCAAGAACACCCAGGCAAGGAUAUUCGCCGUGCGCUGAUCGAUGCUUUCAACUCCUGGCUGCAGGUUCCACCUGCCAGCUUGGCGAUCAUUACCCGCGUGGUAGCCAUGCUACACACAGCUUCCUUGCUCAUCGACGAUGUCCAGGACAACUCCAUGCUCCGCCGCGGGGUCCCCGUCGCCCACAACAUCUUCGGUACAGCCCAAACCAUCAACUCCGCCAACUACGUCUAUUUCCUCGCCUUGCAAGAGAUCCAACAGUUGAACAACCCCGCCGCAAUCAAUAUCUUUAUUCAGGAACUCCUCAACCUCCACCGUGGCCAGGGCAUGGACCUCUUCUGGCGCGACACCCUCACCUGCCCCACCGAAGACGAAUACCUCGAGAUGGUGGGAAACAAGACGGGGGGACUAUUCCGGCUCGCUGUGAAGCUGAUGCAAGCCGAAAGCGCCACGGGUAAGGACUGCGUCAGCCUUGUCAAUGUCCUGGGCCUGAUCUUUCAGAUCUGCGACGACUAUCUGAAUCUGUCUAGUAGCACUUACACCCAGAACAAGGGCAUGUGCGAGGACUUGACCGAGGGCAAAUUCUCGUUCCCGAUUAUUCACUCCAUUCGUUCCCACCCCGCGAGCCACCAGCUGCUUAGUAUCUUGAAGCAGAGGACGAAGGACGAAGAAGUCAAGCGCUAUGCUGUGCAGUAUAUGCAGAGCACCGGUAGCUUUGACCAUACCCGCCGUGUUGUUCAGGAGUUGCAUGGACAGGCGCUGACACUUAUCGAUGCUAUUGAUGCAAUGCCUGGUGUGGAAGGGGGUGGGGAUGGCACUAUGGUGCGUGCUGUCCUGAACAAGAUUGUUCAUUCCACUCUAGUGGAUGAGGGGGCUGCAAAGUGA